AUGUUUGUUUCACCUCCACCAACCUAUCUGAUUAGGCAGUCCUCACAUAAGAAACAAUCUAAAAGGAGAGAUGCACAAUUUAACGAUCAAGAUAUUAAUAGUAAUUAUGAUGGUUCAUCUUCAAUAAAUUCGAAUACUUCAAAUAUUAAUAAUAAUGAAGAAGAACAACCGCAACAAGCAUUUCAUAUUCCUUCUUUAGCAAGAAAAGAAGCAAAUUUUGUUAGUGCACCAACAGAAUACGCCGAUAGAGCAAGAGUUGAAAUUAGAAAACGUUUACUACAACAAUCUCCAAAUAGCAAGAAUUUAGAAAAAAUUAAAUCUCACCAAUCUUCAUCUAAUUCAUCAAUACAACAACAACAUUCGAUAGAUAAUGAAAGUAUAUUUUCAGAUAAUGCUUCAUCAUAUCAAUCAAGUAUAUUUUCUGCACCAAAUACAGUACAGACACAAAAUUCUGAUAAUAGUCUCUUAUCACAUCAACAACAAAAAUUUGUUACUCAUAUGACUUUAGAAGAAGCUUUACCAAAGACAUUUUUCGAUAUGUAUGCACCAGAAUUAUUUACACAGGAUCCAUCUAAAAUUUUAUAUAAUGGAAGACCAACUUUUACUAAGAGAGAAUUAUUAGAUUGGGAUUUAAAUGAUAUUAGAUCAUUAUUAAUAAUAGAUCAAUCAAGACCCGAAUGGGGUAAUAAAUUACCAGAAAUUAUUACUAAUGAAAGUAAUUUGCCAAAUUUUAGAUUUAUACUAUUACCAUUAUGUUCGACAGAUGAAUUUAUUAUUAAUAUUUUAGUUAAUUCUGAUUUAUACAUCGAAGCUAAUUUAGAUUAUGAAUUUAAAUUAACAAGUGCGAAGUAUACUGUAGCGGCAGCAAGAAAGAGACAUGAACAAAUGACAGGACAAAAUGAGUUAAUGAUGAAUUUAUCAAAACCUGAAUGGAGAAAUAUUAUUGAAAAUUAUUUAUUAAAUAUCGCUGUUGAAGCUCAAUGUAGAUUUGAUUUUAAACAACAAUGUUCAGAUUUUAAAAAAUGGAAAAUUCAACAAACAAACUUAAAGAAACCUGAUAUGCCUCCACCAAGUGUAAUUCCAAUGUCUAUGCAUCAACGUAAUGGAGCAGGAUCUAAUACUUUAUUAAAGAAAGCAUUAAUGAAAAAUAUGCAAAUGAAAAAUAUUCAACAACAACAACAGAAUAGUAUAGAUAAUACCUUACUCACGGGAAAUAAUUCAGUUCCCGUACAAAAAGUCUCUUUAACAAAAGAAGAAAAAGCUAGUAUAUGGUCACAUUGUCAAGCUCAAGUUUAUCAACGUCUUGAUUUAGAUUGGAAACCAGAUGGCGUCAGGUGA